UGAAUAAGAUGGGUCUCUUGUGCUGUUCUUCUGCCCUGCUGAGGAUGGGGCUCCUACUGGCCUCCCUGGCACUUUUUGUGAGCAUCUGUGAGGGCCGAUCGGAGGCAUCCCGCGGGGUGGCCAUCCCCUUCGUGUUUGACCCAAAAGCAAUAUGCGACCCACCGUGCAAGCAUGCAGGAAUCUGUAUCCGAAACAACACUUGCUUCUGUUCAAAGGGCUACGAGGGAGAGGUCUGCCAAUAUGCUAACUGCUAUCCCAAGUGUAAAAAUGGAGGAGAGUGCCUUCGUCCUGGGAAAUGUCGAUGUCCUCCAGGAUUUGGAGGAAAAUAUUGUCAUAAAGUGGUGUGUGACGGUGGAUGCUGGAAUGGAGGGGACUGCAUUGCAGUGAAUGGAGUUGUGAAAUGUCUCUGUCCCUCCAGCUGGACUGGCUCCAGAUGUCAAGAAGCGAUCUGUCCCCAGGGCUGCAGGAAUGGGGGCAGUUGUGUUGCCCCAGGAAUCUGCAGCUGUCCUGAUGGUUGGCUGGGAGGAGCCUGCCACACUGCUGUGUGUAAGCGCCCAUGUCUGAAUGGGGGAAAGUGUGUUUCUCCUGAUGUUUGCCGAUGUCGCCCCCCCUUCUCUGGACCACGGUGUGAGGAAAGAAAGAAGUUGUUCUAACCAGGGGGCAACAAACGGUCAAAUGGCCUACACCACAGUACUACAGAAGA